UUUUCAGCGGGCAGCUUGCAGCACAGGGAAAGCAAAAGCAAGCAAAGGCCAGCCAUCCCUCCUCACGUACGUCACGUGUAGAGCAGCGGAGCAGGGUCACAGCUAGCUCCGCCGGGUCCGCCGCCUCCCCGGGAUUUCACCGCGACGACGCCAAAAGAAAGCGAGCUUUUGGUCGCAAUCCCUUGGAGCAUUGCGCGGCGAGGAGCGUGCACAGAUCUGCCACGAUCCAUCACCUGCCGCCGCUGCGGCCUGCCCUGCAACCCACCUGCGCCGCUGAAGAGCUGCCGCCGCGCCCAUUGCCUGCCCAGUGCCCAAGCACAAAGCUCCCUCUCUCACCUCAUCUCAGGUUCUGCCAGGCGACUCCACCGCCGUCCAUUAUUGCCGCCAGCCACGCAGCCUUUAACCUCAUGCAUGCCCUAGCUCUCCGCGGCUUCCGCCGUGUCGCGCCGCGCCCACCGCUAGGGACACGCAGAUAGCACCAAGCCUGGCAGCGAGGAGGGCCUUGGCGAAGGUGAAAAGGGGAGCGGCCGCUCCUAGCUCCGCGUAGCGUAGCGGCGUAGCGUCGAGGAGGACGGACGCCUACGUCCGUGUGGGUGCGCGCGCUCUGUGUUCGCCGACCGACGCCGAGCCGAUCGAGAUCGAUCAACAUGACGCUGGAAGCUCUGUGCGCGCCAAGUACCAGCAGCGACGUCCUGGUCUACGACACCUUCAACGCCGCCGCGGCAGCGUGUGCCGCCGCCUCGCCCGGGACCGGGAGCUUCCUCUUCGGCAAUGCGCCGGCGGUGGAGCCGUUCCCGGCGCCGGCCGCGCCGCCGGACGCGGAGGGGGAGAACAGGGUGCAGCAGCAGGGGAGGAGGAAGCGGCGUCGGCGGCAGAGGACCGUCAAGAACGCCGAGGACGCCGAGAGCCAGCGGAUGACCCACAUCGCUGUCGAGCGCAACCGCCGCCGCCAGAUGAACGAGUACCUCGCCGUGCUCCGCUCGCUCAUGCCGGAGUCCUACGUCCACCGGGCGUCCAUCGUCAGCGGCGCCAUCGAUUUCGUGAAGGAGCUCGAGCAGCAAGUGCAGUCCCUGGAGGCGCAGAAGCUGGCGUUGCAGCCGCAACGCGGCGGAACGGCGUCGGAACGCGACGCGGCGCGAGCGCCACCGCGCGAUCCCGUGGCCGCGAGCAGCAGCUCCGCGAGCGUGACCGGGGAGGCGGCGGAGCGGCCCCCGUUCGCGCGGUUCUUCCGGUACCCGCAGUACGCGUGGCGCCACACGCCGCCGCAGGAGGAUGGUGCCGCCGCCGUCGGCGCGGAGGAGGCGAGCCGCGCCUCCGCGGUGGCGGACGUGGAGGUGAGCGUGGUGGUGGACGCGCACGCCAGCCUCCGCGUGAUGGCGCGGCGGCGGCCGGGGCAGCUGCUGAAGAUGGUGGCCGGGAUGCAGGCGCUCGGGCUCGCCGUGCUGCACCUCAACGUGACCGCCGCGCCCGGCGAGCUAGCGCUCUACACGCUCAACCUCAAGGUGGAGGAAGGGUGCGGCCUGACGACGGCGGAGGACAUCGCCGCGGCGGCGCACCACGUGCUCUGCAUCAUCGAUGCCGAGGCGGCGCAGCGGUUGCUCGCUCCCGGCGCGGGGCAGCCGGACCUCUAGUCAGUAUCAAACCCGCCGCCGCUCCAUAGGUGAGAUCUUCCGGCGCAACGCGACGCGGGCGAGCCGGAGCACGGGACUGCCGGUGGCUGCUCAUCGUCUACGUGACAUUUUGUAAAGUGCAGCAGGGGCUUGGUGGCGUAGAGUCUAGAGCGUGUAACCGCAAUAACGGAUGUAGGGUAGUGUCUGCAAUAAACAUGCAGGUUCGUUUGAGGUUGCGUUCGUGGUAGCCGACGAUAUGGUUGUGCGUGUCCUCCUGGUCGCGUCCAUGGCGUGGCGGCGCUUCCUCGUCGCGUUAGGAGGAGGGGGGGCAGCGGCGGCAAGGUUUUGGUCGAUGACUCUGUUUCUCUUGAAUU